GCCGAAAUGAAUGGUGGCCGAUAUGAUAGGGUGCCAAAUUGGCAUUAGGCCAUUAGUCUGGGUAGUUUUGCUGUCGCGCUCGUUGAGACUGGUACGGUACAGAGUAGGAGUGUUACGGUUCGCCGAAAUAUACUGUGGCAACGACUUCUAUCGUCAGCGAUGUUUGCACGAACCAACCAAAUCAACGUUGUGGGUGACGAGGACGUCUUGCUGUACGGGCGCGUGGUGGACGUGGCGGAGAAUGGGCUGUACAUCGAUCUACUUUGUCCCCUUCUGCGCCGCGAACUCAUCCCCUUCCACUGCGUCUUCCGAUCUGAGCGCUGCCUGCCCGCGGAGUUCUAUUGGGCUUGUAAUCCUCCACAGGAGAUGAGCCUCACGGUGGAAGUACUGCGCCGCGAAUAUCCCGGUGGCGCGUGGCGCUGGUGGCCCGCCGAGAUGCUGAACCCGACUAGCGCGUCAUUUCCUCGCGAAGACGCCACCCAUAGCGUGGCCAUCGUCCGCGGACGGGAAGACAGCGGCGCCACCUGGACGGAACUCUUCCCCUUGCACCGUCUCCGCUGGCCCGUGCCGAGCUCCUGGUGGGCGGGGCGCCGUGAAAAACAACCUGGAGAGCGGUGUGUGACGCUGCCGCAGGACAUUGCUGCGGGACGUUUUUUCAAGCGCUGUCUGCCGUUGCCAGCCGACUGUGCGGUGGUGAAAGCAGCACAGCUGCGUGCUCUCAUGAAGGAAAUGGACUGGCAACGUGUUCGCUACGGCGAGGUGGUCUGGGUCGAAGUUGUGGAAGGACAGCUGAAGUACAUCAUGGAGCUGGACGGGGGCGAUACAUUGGAGCACUUCGCAGAUACCGUACAGGUGAUUCUUAAGCCAUUCCACGACGCACUGAUCCGACGCCUUCCCGGUAUGUUUUGUGCGAUGACGGCUGCGGUUGGUGAAGCCGGGGCGGAUGAAUGGCGGGCCGUGACGUCGAAUGUGUGGCUGGAAGUGUUCGCCCAUCUGGACACGACGACACAAACCAAGCUGCGCGUGGUGUGCUCGGCGUGGAACGCUCUGCUGGAUGAGCCGAUCUUGACGGCCAACAUCGUCAUCGACGCCAGCGCGGCCCGUUCCAGUGACAAUCCGGAAACUUUCGGCUUCCAUUACGGCCUGACGGCGCCCAUCUGGAAGCGCAUGAACCAGUCCACCAAACACCUGAUAAUCCAUGACGGCGGGGAGCAAUUUUGCAUGCGGGAUUUGUCAGCCGUGGCGGACGUGAUGUGUUACGCCGCGCAGGCCAACCCCGACGUCCACCUGACGGCGCUGUUCAUCGUUGGCGGCCGCAGCGUACUUCCCCAACUAGGCUCGGGUCUGUCGUGGUUCUGGAGGAUGGCUCGCGGUAAGCAGUGUAAGUUGCAUGCUGCGGACGAUCCAAGGAUGUACGAUGCCGAAUAUCUCGCAUUUCUCGCAAUCACGUAUUAUCUGCCCCGCGAUGCACUCCAUCUGGUGAGGAGCACGCUGCCCCGACCGUACUGCCUCCGGUCCCAAACUGACCCGGACCUGCAGCGGGAUGUCCGCCUGGCCCACUUGCGUCUGCCGAUCAGCGAGGAUUGGCCGUCCACGGUGUGGGAGGCGAUUGAGGUGGCGCUGCCGGGGCUCGAGGAUGGCGAGAUGCAGGAACUGGCUGAGUGGCUCACUGUGGCUGAAAUCUAUCGCCGUGGAGGUUGACAAACAGGAUCAUCGUGAGAUGGUCUGCAAAGUAUUGUGCGCGGUGCAGUCCGCCGAUCCGCGGCCGGCAUCGAAUUACUGCGGAAAGCAGUGGUGCAAGGAUGGACUGCAGGAUCUCCGCCUGGAGAGAAGCUGUCCCGUAUGGCGCUGCGCUUCUUGCUGAUCCUGCCGUACUUCCUGCAGAAUGGCCGCGACAAAGCGGUGGUGUCGGAGUCGGCUUAAUCUGGGCGAUUAUCGACUACUCGGUAUUUGUCGAAAUAGUUUUUUUAAAAUUUUCUUGCAACGGCGUGUGAGGAGGAGUGACCUCCCCUUUCACCCGCGCCCUAGCGGCUGUUAGUUUGUUUUUCCGUUCUGGGCCUUCUGGCUGGUGUUCUCCUUUAGCACAU